CAAGACACAUAUAAACGGAGUGUGGAGUAUGUGGGAAUAGCGAAACCGAUCUCUCUCUGUAACGGUUACUUUUGUGCCUUUUUUUUCUCUUGUAAGAAAUAUAUAUGAAAACUCUCAUCUCAUCAUUGACUUCAUAAUCUCUUUCUCGUUGCUGCUCAGUUAAUGGAUUCUAACAACAAUCACAAGGAGGCAUGGGAUUGGCAUGGAGAGGAUUAUUGUCUGCAGAAUACAAUCCCGAAUUUCGAUAUUUCGGAGGAGCUGUGGAAUGAUGUGCCUCAAAAUGGAGAAGAUCUUUCCUACAUGUUUGAUGCUGAAACAACUCCGAUUAAGGCUUGCGGUGAUUUGGCAUAUAGUGUCAAUAAUGCAGAUUCAAAUUCAAGUUAUAUUCAAAAGGAACAACUAGAGGAUGGUAGGGAGACUUCUCAAGUUAAGAGGCGGCGGAUGCUACAAUUCGACAGCCAAGAGAGUGACAAUUCUCUUUCCAACAUGGAGAUGCCUGCACCAUGUUUUAAAAAUGGGAAAGACGACUCAAUGAAGGAUAUUUUUCCUGAAGUGUCACAAUGGAUGUCCGGUGCUCCAGAAUAUACAUUGGAAAAUGUAGACCUUGAAGCAACUGAAGGGUGGCUUACUGAAUACUUAAAUGAUGCUGAGAUGCAAUUCAGUCCUGAAGAUUUGAAUUUCUUAGGAGCAGAUGAUGUCCAUAUUGAUGUUGCAGAGUUAUGUAACAUCACACCAUCGCAUGAACAACAUGAACAAAAUGUGGUUCCACCGAAUGUCAUUGGAGUCUCUAAAAAUGUUGUCUUCAAAGGUAAGAAAUCUUUUAUAAGGACACCGACAAAGCUGGCUUCUACUGUGGCAUAUCCAUUUGCUUUCAUUAAACCAAGUGGUGCCCAUGGAGAUGUUACUCUGAAGGAAAUCAAUCAGCGCAUUCUGACCCCUCCUUCAAAAUCAAAGCAAAGCAGUGACGAUCCGUCCGCUUAUCCUAAAUCUGCCUUCUCAGGAAAGCCUGUUGUUGGUAAAACAAAAAUCCGCACCGAAGGAGGAAAAGGCAGCAUCACAAUUAUGAGAACCAAAGGCUAAGUUAAGUGUAAGUGUCUAGUACUAAGUACCACCUAUGUCUCACAAAGUCACCUAUUACUAUGUUGGUUGCUUCAUUUUGUGUAGAUGCUGAUACUGCAACUUUUUACACCACCUUAGUGUUUGUUUUCUUUCUAGUUGGGUCUAGACGUUAUUGCGCCGUUCUUUUGGGGCCACGUGAUUUUGUUAAGUUAAGUCUGCGACGAGAAUCUUAAUAUUUUUAUUAAGCUCUUUAGUCCUCACAAACACUCUGGCUCUAUAGUCUAUAUGACAAAUUUUACUAAGCUCGCGCUUAGCUUUUGAAAUUGAAACAUAAAAAUCGACUUUUCUUUCUC